UAAGGUGGGAAGCGUUUCUGCACGGACGAUUUUGCGGAUGCACUAUUGGACAGCCACGAAUAAAAAUAAAUCGGCGUCCCUUGGUCAAGAAUGUAUUUAUAAAUUGGAGUAUUUUCCUAUGCUUGAAUCAAGUUAACAUGAGCGACUGGAGUCCCGUGGCGAAGGUGUACGACCCUCUGAAAGCUGGGAGCAUUGAUGGCACAGACGUGGAGCCGCACGACCGUGCGGUGUGGAGGGCCAUUCAAGCCCGAUACGUCCCCAACAAGGGCGUGGUCGGAGACCCUGAGCUUACGGUGUUUGUGGCACGCCUCAACCCGCAAACCACCGAAGAGAAGGUUAGAGAGGUUUUCUCAAAAUACGGGGACAUUCGCCGGCUGCGCCUGGUGAGGGACAUCGUUACCGGCUUCUCCAAAGGGUACGCCUUUGUUGAGUACAAGGAGGAACGCUCCGUCGUAAGAGCGCGCCGGGACGGCAAUAAACUGGUGGUGGACCAACAUGAGCUGUUCGUGGAUUACGAGAUGGAGCGGACCCUGAAGGGCUGGAUACCGCGCCGCCAGGGCGGGGGGCUAGGAGGGAAGAAGGAGUCGGGUCAGCUGAGGUUCGGCGGAAGAGACCGGCCUUUCCGGAAACCGAUCAACCUGCCACCCAUGUCCGGUGACUGGGGGCAGCCUCCGGAUUGGUCUGGCGACCGACGAUGGGAGAGAGGUGGAGAGAAUUGGGACAGAAGUAGAGACCGGGACAGGUCGCCAGCCAGAGAAAGAGACCAAGAGCGAGUGAGAGAGAGACGAGAAGAACGCCAUCGAGGGAGAGAACGGGAAGACAGGGGCCGACACAGAGAACGGAGAGAGAGAGACAGAAGUAAUGAGAGGGAUCCGAAGAGGGAAAGGGAUGAAAGUAGGCACAGAGAGAGGGACAGACACCGCGAUAAGAGAUGAGCUUCAUGACAUAACUGACUGUCAAAAUGUGAGCUAUUGGACAACUGACUGAUACACCGCUAAGCACUCACUUUUAAAUGGAUAUUAAGUGCCCUUUUUAUCAAACCGUUGAGUAGGAAAUUAAAUUGAGCUGUAAAUAUU